CCGCGUCCAGCAGGCGUGGUGGUGCUGGCGCCCAAUGGGGUUUUUUUCCCCCUAGAGCCGGCUUUCGCCGCUGAGUCGUUUGCAAAGGCAGCCAGGCCGGUCGCUCAUUGGAGAGCUCCGUGGGGCGCAAGUCCAGGCAGCGCCGCCUCUGCCCCCCACCCCACCCCUUUUUUUUUGCAUGCUGAGGGGGCCGAGGCUGGAAGAAGCAUCGGAGCCAUUCGGACGUACGCUUGCUUAGCUCUGCUUGUCUGCUUUUGCAAGCGGAGAUCUUCUCUGCUUCUCUCAGGACGCUGGUGCGGGCACCAUGCAUCGCUUGUCGGGGCUGAGCAGGGAAGCCGCUGCUGUCGCCGCCACCGCCACUCCCCCUCGCCUCCCCGAGCGCCGAGCCGAGGCCGUGCGCUUCCUCGCCUGGCUGGCCACCGGCAAAGAGCCGCGCCACCGACGGCCGCUCAAUGCCCAGCGCAGCGUCGCCCGGCCCCCGAUGGGGACGGAGCGGCCAGCCCGGCUGGGGCUGGGCCUGGGGCUGGCUGGCUGGAGCAGCGCCGCCGCCGAAGCCCCCGCGCUGCAGCUGAAAGAGAAGGCGCCCCGCGAGAAGAUCCUCACGUUGGAAUCCAUGAACCCGCAGGUCAAGGCGGUGGAGUACGCGGUGCGGGGGCCCAUCGUGCUGAAAGCGGGCGAGAUCGAGAAGGAGCUGCGGAAGGGUAUCAAAAAGCCUUUCACAGAAGUCAUCAAGGCCAACAUUGGUGAUGCUCACGCCAUGGGACAGCAGCCCAUCACCUUCCUUCGACAGGUGGUGGCCCUCUGCACGUAUCCCAACCUGCUGGACAGCCCCAGUUUCCCAGAAGACUCCAAGAAGAAGGCAAGACGGAUCUUGCAAGGCUGUGGAGGCAACAGCUUAGGUUCGUACAGCGCCAGCCAAGGAGUCAAUUGCAUCCGUGAAGACGUAGCGGUGUACAUUGAGCGGCGAGAUGGCGGCGUCCCUGCAGAUCCAGAGAACAUCUACUUGACCACAGGCGCAAGUGACGGCAUUGCUACCAUUCUCAAGAUCCUCGUCUCUGGGGGAGGAAGAACCCGGACCGGAGUGAUGAUCCCAAUUCCUCAGUAUCCUUUAUAUUCUGCUGCUAUUUCCGAAUUGGAUGCCAUCCAGGUAAACUAUUACCUGGACGAAGAGAACUGCUGGGCCCUAGAUGUGAACGAAUUACGCCGCUCCUUAUAUGAAGCCAAAGCGUAUUGUAAUCCCAAGGUCCUUUGCAUCAUUAAUCCUGGAAACCCCACAGGUCAAGUUCAAAAUAGAAAAUGUAUUGAAGAGGUGAUACACUUUGCAUGGGAAGAGAAGCUGUUUCUUUUGGCUGAUGAGGUGUAUCAAGACAACGUUUACUCGGAGAACUGCCAGUUUUACUCCUUCAAAAAAAUCCUUUAUGAGAUGGGACCCGAUUACUGGAAUAAUGUCGAACUCGCUUCUUUUCAUUCCACUUCCAAGGGCUACAUGGGCGAGUGUGGCUACCGAGGCGGCUAUAUGGAGGUGAUAAACCUGCACCCAGAAAUUAAAGGGCAGCUACUUAAGCUCCUCUCUGUCCGUCUGUGUCCACCCGUCUCAGGUCAAGCUGCUAUGGAUGUUGUCGUGAACCCUCCUGUUCCUGGAGAUGAAUCCUAUGCCCAAUUCAUUAAGGAAAAGGAGUCGGUCUUGAACAACCUCGCGAUGAAAGCCAAACUCACCGAAGAUUUGUUCAAUCAAGUGCCAGGGCUCCACUGCAAUCCACUUCAAGGGGCCAUGUACGCCUUCCCACGGAUAUUUAUCCCUGCCAAGGCCAUUGAAAUAGCAGAGGCCCAUCAAAUGGCUCCCGACAUGUUCUACUGUAUGAAACUUUUAGAAGAAACUGGAAUCUGUGUUGUACCCGGAAGUGGGUUUGGCCAAAGAAAAGGAACGUAUCACUUUAGGAUGACGAUUCUCCCACAAGCCGAGAAACUAAAGAUCUUAUUGAAGAAAGUGAAAGAUUUCCAUAUAAAUUUUCUGGAGGAAUACUCUUAAAAUAAAGACUCUUUUUUUUUAGACUGUA